ACUGCCAAAUCUAUCCGUGUCAAUAUGAUUCAUUAUUCAUUAAUCACCGACCUCCUUCAAAAUUCUCUCCCCCACACACAAUUUGUAAUUUAGAUCACACACAGAAAAAAUGGAGGACGAGGAAAAGCAAACAGUUCCGUACAAAAAACCAGCAGAACAAUCCAGAGUUAGUUCUUCGCCUACUCACUCCUCCGAUCAUGGUCCGCCGGCGAGGUUACCGGAAGAUACUCCGGCUAGAUCAUCCAUCUCCUCCAAUCAAAGCCGUGGGAGCUCUAUCAGUCAUGGAUUCUCUCCCAACCACGACACGGUUCCGGAAUCUCCUCCGAUCAAAACAAUGGGAGCUCAAUUUCGAGCGAAUCCUCCGAAGCCGGAGAUGGUGGUGACCCGGUCAGUCCGGGAAGAGCCGAUGCCGGUAACAUGGAAGUAUGCAGGAGCGGGAGACGGUUUCAGCGGUGGAGCUGUGGAAGAAGGUAGUGGAGAAGGAGGAGGUGGAGGUCGGCUGAGGAAAUCUUUGUCGAUUCUUAGGAGAACGAAGAGAGAGAAGAUGGUGAAGGAGGCCGCCUUAGGACUUAGGGUUUGCGGGAUGGUGUUUUGCUUGAUUUCGUUCUCAGUGAUGGCCGCUAACAAAAAUAAGGGUUGGGCUCUUGAUUCAUUCGACCGAUACAAGGAGUUCAGGUACGCUAUGGCGGUGAAUGUGAUAGGGUUUGUAUAUUCAGGUGGGCAGGCUUGUUUUAUGGCCUACCAUUUAGCCACCGGCAAGUACGUUUCCCGACACCAACUCCGUUAUUUUCUCGAUUUCUCCGUGGAUCAGAUUAUGACAUACCUUCUGAUAUCGGCAUCAUCAUCGGCUGCAAUUCGGGUUGAUGACUGGCAAUCCAACUGGGGCAAAGAUAAGUUCCCGGAGAUGGCAAGGGCUUCUGUAAUAAUGUCCUUCCUGGCAUUCGUGGCUUUAGCCUUGAGCUCUCUCAUCUCUGGAUAUACCCUGUGCAAUUCCAAAUCUUUGUGACAAAGAGCUCCUCCUAGGGUCUAUAUACCUGUUAAAAUUUACGAAUCAUAACGAAUUUCUUUUUAAGGGAAAGGUAAUGUGUAUAUAUGUAUCCUUCAUGUUGUGCAUAAAGAAAAAUGUUUGGGUUACAUAAUUACGUUGGGACCGUGUAGGAAUCACAUAUUCUGUUGAACAAUCGUCACCAUUCAAUCUGAUAGACUUGUGCAGAUAAUUUAGUUUAAA